AGUUGAAAUAUGCCUCUGUUUUUGUCUCUCAUGUGACAGAAUACUCCCGUUAUCUACACUCUCAUCUGGAUGUACCUGUUGCGGAGUAUAAUGUUGAUCAGGAUUUGCCUGGAAACUUUAAAAACCACUGGGCAAAAAAUCUUCCCUUCCUCAUCGAGGAUUAUGAAGAACAGCCUGGACUUCAGCCUCACAUUAAAGAUGUUCUACCUCAGAACUUUGACAGUUACUCUGCUGAAGUCCAGAAGCUGAUCUGUACAGCGGAUCGCCUCGGCGCACUGAUGCAGUACGACACUUUAGGGUUCUUACCAAACCUCAGAGUACACAGAG